GUUUGUGAUUAAUUUUGUUUUGUUUUUAGGCCACCAAGACCGCUUCGAAGGAUAAAUCCAAGAAUAUUAUGCGCGAUCUGCGGAUCCGCAAGCUCUGCCUGAACAUUUGCGUCGGUGAAUCCGGUGACAGGCUGACCCGUGCCGCCAAGGUGUUGGAGCAGUUGACCGGCCAGACCCCGGUUUACUCGAAGGCCCGUUACACCGUGCGUUCGUUCGGUAUCCGUCGUAACGAAAAGAUUGCCGUCCACUGCACGGUCCGCGGUGCCAAGGCCGAGGAAAUCCUCGAGCGUGGUCUGAAGGUCCGUGAAUACGAGUUGAGACGCGACAACUUCUCCCAGACCGGCAACUUCGGUUUCGGUAUCCAGGAACACAUCGAUCUGGGCAUCAAGUACGAUCCCUCGAUCGGUAUCUACGGUCUGGACUUCUACGUUGUGCUGGGACGCCCAGGAUACAACGUUGCCCAGAGACGGCGAAAGACCGGCAAGAUCGGUUUCAUCCACCGCCUGACCAAGGAAGACGCCAUGAAGUGGUUCCAGCAGAAGUAUGACGGUAUCAUCCUGAACAGCAAAGCGAAGUAAAAUGCGUUCCAAAACCGAGUUUUUACUGUCUUUGUAAUAAGCACUAUAAGUAACACAAGAAAAAAAUAUGAAAAAACCUGAACUGUA